AUGGGUUAUCUCAAAACAUUUCAUCCAUGCUUUGUAAUCAUUUUUCUCUUCUUUCAUCUUUUACAUUUCUCAGCUAUUGAAGCUAACAAUGGCGGGUUCAGCGUUAAACUGAUUAGGAAAAAUUCUCUCCAUGAUCCCUCUCGACGUCUCAUGGGGUCAUCUAAUCCAAAUGCUGCACAAUCAACAACAACUGCUUAUCUUGGUCACUAUCUCAUGGAGCUAUCUAUUGGAACUCCACCAGUAACCAUCUAUGGUAUCACAGAUACAGGUAGUAACCUCAUAUGGACACAAUGUGUACCCUGUGAUAACUGCUAUAAGCAAAGUAACCCCAUGUUUGAUCCUCAAAAGUCCUCAACUUAUAGCAACAUCUCUUGUGAGUCACAACAAUGUCAUAAAAUUAUAGACACAGGCGUAUGUUCUCCUGAGAAUCGUUGCAAUUACACGUAUGGCUAUGCAGGUGGUGAGGUAACACAAGGUGUUCUGGCACAUGAAACAAUUACCCUGACCUCAACCACAGGGCAACCAGUUUCACUUGAAGGCAUUAUUUUUGGUUGUGGACAUAACAACACAGGGACUUUCAAUGACCAUGAGAUGGGUAUAAUUGGUCUAGCAGGAGGGCCAGCGUCACUCAUUUCUCAAAUAGGUUCUUCUUUUGGAAGCAAGAGGUUUUCCCAAUGCUUGGUUCCUUUCCAUACUGAUAUUAGUAUUUCAAGUAGAAUGAGUUUUGGUGAUGGGAGUGAAGUAUUAGGGGAUGAUGUGGUUUCUACACCUUUGGUUGUAAAACAAGACCCAACCCCUUAUUUUGUUACCUUACAAGGCAUUAGUGUGGGAGAUACCUACUUACCCUUUAAUGAUUCUUCAGAGAAUGUUGAAAAAGGUAACAUGUUUAUUGAUUCAGGGACACCUCCAACUAUUUUACCUCAACAAUUAUAUGAUCGUGUAGUGGCUCAAGUGAUGAAGCAGGUUCCUAUGAAUCCCAUUGAGGGUGACCCUGAUUUGGGUUCCCAGCUUUGCUAUCGAACAUCAACUAUUCCUGAAGGGCCUAUUCUGACGGUCCAUUUUGAAGGUGCAGAUGUGCCAUUAACGCCGAUUCAAACCUUCAUUCCACCAAAAGAUGGCGUUUUCUGCUUGGGAUUAACCAAUAGUAGUGAUGUCGUAAUUUAUGGUAACUUUGCGCAAUCAAAUUACUUGAUUGGCUUUGAUCUAGAAAGACACGUGGUCUCUUUCAAGCCAAUGGAUUGCACCAAACACUAG